UAUAAUAGCAAAAAUCAGAGACUGAUCAUAUUAGAUUCCCGAGGCUGUUCCAGCUGGUAUCUUCUUUCUGGCAGUGACUCAAUAAAGAGAGAAAUUAAUUUCCCCAAAUAUCAGUUCAGCGUUUUAAAAAAGAUUAUCUAUUGCAAGAAAUUUAAUGUCUACUUUGGCCUUGGAAAGGAUUAUUCAGUGAAGGUUUAUAACAUGGAUUUCUGUGAGAUAGAGACUGCAGAUGAUGAAAACUCCCAUCUGGUUAUGACUAUUGUAUUCAACCCAGUGACUGAUGAGCUCAUCACAGGAGGGCUUGAUGGGAUUAAGUUUUGGAAAUACAGAAAAAAACCUAUCAACAGGUUUUCCAAAAUUGCAGCGAUGUCAGAUUACGGACUCUUUCUCAGGGCAGAACAAAUACACAUUAGCGGGGGCUGGUGUACAAAUAUUGACCUGGAUGUGCCUAUGCAGCAGCUGUAUUGCUGCUCGGAUCGGAGCCUCUUCUGUUACGAUAUGGGUGGAAACCAGCUGCUGCAUCUAACCAAAGCCCACAAGAGCAACAUCCUCUCCUGUAUCUACUGCCCCUACAUCAAAGUUCUGAUUACAUCAUCUAUAGACUUAAAAAUAAAGGCUUGGAGUAGGCAAGGAUUUUUGAUCCAUGUGUUUCUUGGUCACCGCCGCCCUGUGACAAGUCUCCUGCGACACCCAGAAACAGAAUCACUUUUCCUCUCUGGGUCUUUGGAUGGGACAGUCAGAUUUUGGUCUUUGGAUACCAUGGAGCAGCUUUAUUGCCUGGCUGUGUUUGAGGAGGGUAUUCAGGAGUUGGGACUGACUGAGGAUAAGCUCCUGUACUGCUGGUCCACCAGGGGGAUUCACCUGUAUAACCUGAACCAUUUUGUCGAGUUCUGGAGCCCACUGCACUACCAGGUGUCUUCACUCAGUCUCUGUAGGGCAAAGAGCAAGACCACCAGAGUGCUGGCAUUAGGAGAUGCAAAUAGCAUCCAGAUCCUAUCCAGGUUGGACGGUACUAAGCUGUGCAUUGUGCCACCACCCCCCUUUGUCUCUCCAAUUCAAAAAGCACCCAACUUUGUGUACAGCAGAGAAAGCGGGAUAGUCGUUGUGCUUCUCAGCUCAUGGGAGGUGUGGGUCUAUACUGCCAGAACUGAUCCGGCCUGCAGAGUAGCAUUCUGGGAUAUACGGGACUUACAACACCAAGCGGAAGUUUAUGAAAGAAAACAUGCAAAGUUGGUUGAAAGAAAGAAGUCAAUACUUCACUGCACUGUGAAUGUGAGUUAUGGAAAGUCACUGAUGUGGGAGUGUUCCGCUGUAGGCUGCCUCUCUUCUCCAGUGUGCUAUUUGUCUGAUGAAGGCAUUGUGUGCCCAGACACACAGGAAUUCAUUCUGUGUGGAAUGCAGGAUGGAAGAAUACUGUUUAUGGACAUAACUGUGUUAAACCUGAAGUACUGUGAGCUAAAGGCACACAAGGAUCCUGUGGUUUCUUUGAUGCAUGACAUCGAUCACAAUCAGUUGCUAAAUACAUGCCAGGAAUUGCACAAUAAACUGGUACAAAUCUGGAGUUUGCCUUUCUUGGAACUGUUGCACCAGGUCCCCCUAUGCAAUGAUGUGACUGCCUUCACAAGGAUGAUGGGGUCCUUGUUCCUGGGCCAUAAAUCUGGAGCUGUUGCCAUUGUAGAUAUCCUAAUAAACAGAGGAUUUCCUGAGCAAGAGAGGAGACCUCACCCAGGGCACAAGGAAGAUAAACCCAACGAUGAGAACGACGACACAAGUUUCAAACAGGAACACCGUGGUCCAGUGUUAAGUGUGGACUCCUGUCCAUCCCUUAGUCUCUUCAUGAGCUGUGGAUCCGACUACACUAUUAAACUGUGGGAUUUUCAAAAGACUCUGGUGCUGGUGGCUGAUGUCCAUCUUGACGAUUCUCUCACCUCCGCCUGUUUCCUGAACAGCUCUGGGGAUAUCCUAGUGGCCUUUAAGAAUCACCUUUUCUUACUGCCUCACCAUAAGUUAAUGCAUGUGAAUCUGAUCGACGACAUAGCCUCCGAAACCUCAGCACAAGAGUCCUUCAUCUAUGAAGAUCCCAGCCUGAAGCAUGAUUACAGGAAAAGAGACCAAGAGACUGAUAUUUUAGACAUGGAGUCAUACCUGGUACCAUACAAGAGAUAUGACUUGACAGAGUGUAGUCUAGAAGAGACUGAUGAUACUACAAGUCAGUUUUCAUCUGGGAGGGUUCCAUAUGCUGCCUCUGCCACCUAUCAGUCUCCUCAAGAUUCGCAGGCAUCCAUCAGUGAAUUUCUGAUAACACCUGGUAGUUCUUCCAUGGAUCUGCAAGAGCUAUUGCUAAUGUAUGAGCAAAUGCGGUUGUCUCCUAGACCAGGGCACCCCGGUGAAUCUGUCCUGGAUAAACUCCAGAUUGGAAUCUCCCCUGAGCGUCUGUCACCAACCCCCAUUCCCCCAAAAGAGCCAGAGACGGAAGAACAGGCUCCACAAGAUAAACCAAAGCCUUUACCAGAAGACCUAAAAGAAGAACCUAAAGCAAAGGCACCAAGAGUUAAGCAAAAAGCUCCAGAGCCACAGGUGGAGAAGGAGCAUGUGUCACGCUUCAGCAAUAUCAAAACUGGCUUCAGUUCCAAGCUGCCAAUGCUGGACUUAGGUGAUAAACGCACUGAAACACAAGUCACCACACGAGAGACUGGAUACAUAGAGAUUUCAAUGGAAAAAAGCGUCCCGACAAAAACAAGAAAAGAGACCACUCUGGAUUCAAAGGUCAGAGGUUGUCAGGGAGCGAAGAGAAAGUCAAGAAAGAUUACCACAGGGAAGCCUGAAAUUCUGUCGAAGAGUACAAAAGCAGAAUUGAGAAGUUUACCUGUGGGUGAAAAAGCAAUCUACCAGCUCGAUAAACAGUUGGAUGUGAAUAUUCCUAAGCAUAAUGAAUUACCGGUGCAUGGCCUACUUUAUGAUACUGAGACAGCUGUUCCUGAACCCAAUGAUGUCUCUGAAACUAAAAAAUAUGCAAAACAAAAGAGGAUCCUGAAAAAUGUUUCAUCUGGACGGGUUGAGCAAGAGUUUGUACUGCUUGAAGGUGCACAGCAUAGGUUAGGCACAGAUGAUAUCCAAGUGGAGGAUAAAAUGCAAAGGCACUGGCAAAGUGAAAAAAAGACUGAAGAAGUACACAGGCCCCAAGAGCUGAAAAGGUUAUCUUCAGAGAGGAAAGUCCCUUUUGUGAUUAAACAAGAUGCUUUUGAGCAUUAUAAGUGCUGGAUAGACAGAGAGCUGGAACGGCAUGAAUGUUCAAGACUGCGGAAAAAUGAAAGAAAUCAGCGUGUCCACCUCAAUCGAGGGAUCCUGGAAAUGAAGCGGCUACAGCACUGGCAGAGCCAGUCUUACCACUGGGACUGCAUGCCUUCUCACACAUCACCUCACAACGUUCCUUUCUGCAGUGCAUCUUCAUCUGAAUCCCUCACUGUGAAGGAGAGCGCUGGUUUCCGGACCUCUAAGACGCCCCCAAGAGGAAUCUCCUGCCCCCCUCUCUCUGAACCCCUCUCCCCACUUUCCCAAUCACACAGCAGGGUCCGUCUGCCCUACAGGGCCACUGGGGAAGAACAUCCUUUCAGGCUAAAUCAGAUAUCAGUGUCUUCCAAGGAUGUGAUCAAGAAGAACAGAGAAAGGAAAGCUGCGGCUGAUCUAUUUGACAAUGACUCAGCCAGGGGCUUGUUGCUUCUGAAGAGACGCCAGUCCAGACCAUCAGUCCUCAGUAAGAGGCGCUACGUUCUGUUGAAAAUUAAAAGUGACACCCCAGAUAUUAGUUUACCCACUGCAUUUGAAGAGAGGCUGCUGAUGGACCGCUUCACAAAUCACAGAGGAGUCUCCAGACAGUCCAGCACCCAGCCAUAAUAACCACAAAAUAAGUCUCAAUAAAAAGCAUUCACUGCAUCUCAGUUCAUUAAUCACAAUUCUGGUUACCAACCAUCCACAGUUGCGACAAUGUGUGCAGAAACAUAUGACAAAUCUACUGCCGCUGAUUCCAACCCGAGAGUAACCUGCUGCCAGGAAAGAUGUAUGCAGUGGUUCCGCUCGGGUCCGAGACAGCUGUCUUCUUCAACCCGUCUGCAUCCUCCCUGUGCUGCUCAGAAGGGUCUACCAGGCAGACCCCUCUGGAGCUUUAUUUCUGAAAUGAAAUGUGAAAAAUGAAUUGAGGUCCAUUCAUAAUAGAUUAGUCCAACAGAACCAGAGAGUUCAUUUAAAAAUGUGAGCUUAAUAGACAAUGAUCUUACAGUCCAAACACCAUCCAAAAGCAUGAUGGAAGCCAUGACAUCAGUUUCUGUCAACACUUUUCCUAAUGCAGUAUAACAUUCCAGUACACAAGAAUGUUUUAAGACAGUAAGACCAGCUUCAUAAGAUUAUAGUGCAUUUCAAGUAUCGUAAACCUUUUGUUGUAUACUAGGCAGUUAAAAACAACCAAGUCUUCACUGAGGUGUUAGACUGGUAAGUGCAAAUAACUGCUUAGAUACGAGGACCUGUAAAGAUUUUACAGCACUGUACUUUACCUUAAUCAACCAACAUUAGUUUGAGCCAGUAAAAGUAAUCAAGGGAAUGACUCUGCAGUAAAGUGACUAUAAAUGCAAAUGCCUAUAUUUAUUUAUUUUAAUGGUAGAAGACAACACAGACAUUUGAA